CUCCUCCUCACGGUGGCGGCGGCGGCGGCGGCGACUGCCCUGAGGGAGACCCCCCGGACUUGAGGCUGGCUUACCGCCCCGGCAAGCCGCAGAGGGAGCCCCGGGGACCGAAAGCGGGAGCCAUGCGGAGCCUGCGCUGCGCUCCCCUCCUCUUCCUCCUGCUCUCGGCGGGAGACGCUGCGGUCAUCACCGGGGCUUGUGAGAGAGAUCUGCAGUGUGGUGGAGGGAUGUGCUGUGCAGUUAGUCUCUGGAUUCGGAGUCUUCGAAUGUGCACUCCAAUGGGCCACUUGGGUGAAGACUGUCAUCCCUUGAGUCAUAAAAUCCCAUUUCAUGGAAGGAGACUACAUCACACUUGUCCUUGUGUGCCUAACCUGGCUUGUAUUCAGAUAUCUCCUAGCAAAUACAAAUGUUUGCCAGACUUCAAUGCUGAAGAUGCCUUCUUCUAGCGGAAGCAUGAUGAAGGAUUCUGUGCCAUUAUUUAUUUUUACUACUAGGGACCCUGUCUCUUAAUUAUGAUGGAAGCUGUUUGCCAGAAGGAAUUGUCUAACAUACUUUCUCUCCUUGUCAACAUUGUUUAAUCAAGAUACUGUAUCAUAGUUUAUUUUUUAAUAGUAUAAUGGUUCCAGUUAGAUAAUUAUGAAGCAUUCUGCACAUUUUACCAGUGCAAGAAAAGUUCAGCUGUACAAGUUGUGAUGGGUUAGACUGAAAACAGGCUAUCAGCCAUAUAAUACACCUCAUUAGGCAAUGCAUAAACCUCCUGAUUUUGCUAAUUGCAAAAACAGGCAGUAUCUGGAAACUGUUAGGACUUAAUUCAUAUUAAGUGGAUUAUAUUUGGCUUAACGGGUUACAAACUGUGAAGGCAGUUUUAAGGGGAUAUUAUGAUUAACUCCUCUCUCCUAAAAUAUGGUCACAUGUAUACUCCUGCAAAUCAUUUAGAACACUAGACAUUAAGAAGUGUCAAAUUAGUUUGUAUAAACUGGACCAAGAUUUUUAUGGAUCUACUAAGCUAGACUGAGAAUAUUUUGUACUGCAAUUAUAGUUAUAUUCUUUAAAUAAGGGAUGGAACCUUCAGACUAGCAGCAAAAUUUGAUCUGCUCAGCUGGUCAGUCCAGUUGUGAAAUCUCAGGAUAAAUGUCCUCCUGAAGCUCCAUCUCUUUCCAAAUGAGAAUUGGCAGGAGACCCACUGAGCUAUAGCUGAAUAUGAUUUGCUCCUCCCUUUCCUCCACUACAGCUCAGUGAAUCUCCUGCCUUUUCUCAUUUGGGAAGAGACAGAGUUUCAGGAGGACAUUUAUCAUUAGAUCCCACAGCCAGAUUGACCAGCCAAGUAGAUCAAAUGUUGCUAACAGUCUAAAGCAGGGGUCUUCAAACUACGGCCCGUGGGCCACAUCCGGCCCGCAUUGCUGUUUUGUCUGGCCAGUUCCCUUCAGCCCAUGUGUGCAUGCUGGCGGGGGGGUGCGGCUGGGCACACGUACGCAUGUGUGUGCGCACACAUUCCUGUUCCUUCGGCCCUCAAAAACUUUGAAAAUAUCCGGUGUGGCGCUCACUAUAAAACAUUUGGAGACCCGUGGUCUAGAGGUUCCAUCGCUUAUUUAUAGAAUCUAACAAUUAGGCAAUGGUGAAAUCCUGUUAGCAGAGCUGCGUGUUGUAAAUGCUCUUGAUGUCAUCAACAGGCAAUGUUAAUAUUAAAUUAAUUAAAUUUAAUGUUUCCUAUCCAACCCCUUUUGGGUUCCAAGGCACCCUAUAGAUCUCUUUCAAUCUGGGGAAGCCUUUGGGAGCCUUGGGGGCAGUGGGGAGAGAGACUUUUAUAUCUGAAAAUUGCAGCUGUCAAUCCCACAGCAAGAAUUAGGAACUAUGUUGACCAUUUUUAAGUAUUAAAGACUAUCCCCACC